AUGUCUUCUAUAGCUGGAUCGAGUACACUGGUUUCAAGUUCAACUUUUAUUGAAGAUGCAGAGUUAUAUACCAAUAAUGAAGAAGAAUAUAUAUCACUUUUAACGUUUUGCCAACACUCCUUGAACAAUGUAGACUCUGACAAUAAUGAUGACAAUAAUGACAAUAAUGAGGACAAAAACAUAAAUACUGAAAGUGUUCACAAGGGAAAAUGUAAAUUAACAAAAGUGAUACAACAAAAACUAUCACCUCCAUCUUCCAACUUUGAAUAUUUUAUUCAUUCAAAAUCUCUGCAUCAGGUAUCUGUUCGAUUACCAUCAGAUUUGAAUGUUGAUACAAUAGUUGUUAAUACAAAUUUGUAUGCAUUAACAAAAGACGCUGGUGCUAUUGGACUUUUUAAGCUACCCUCUCUUGAUCAAUAUUGGAAUGAAGAUACAAGACUUCCUGUUCACCAUAUUUCAAAACAAAUGUCAUUGAAACGCUUUGAACAAAUUAAAAGGUUUUUACAUGUUUCUUCUUCUGCAAUAACAAUCAAAAAUUACUUCGACAAAUUAGAACUAUUGCUUUCUCACAUUCAGAAUGUUUCAAAGCAUUUUUACACGCCAAAUUCCAAUGUCUCAGUGGAUGAAAUAAUAAUUCAAUUUUCUGGCAGAAGCAUUCACACUGUGCAGAUAAAAAACAAACCAACUCCAGAAGGAUUCAAGAUUUUAUCACUUUGUGAUGCGGGAUACACCUACACUUUUUUGCCAACCUCAUGCAUUUCUCCAAAUGAUGUAAAGAAAAUCAAUGGUCUUAGUCAAACUGGAUGUCUGGUUCUUCACCUUGUUGAGCAACUUCCAUAUCAUCGAUUUUCAUAUAAUAUAUAUAUGGACAAUUAUUUUUCGAGUGUUCCUCUUUAUCAACAUCUUUGGCAAAUUGGUAUUGGUGCUUGUGGAACUGUUCGAAAAAAUGCUUCUGGAUUUCCAAAAGAAUUGAAAGUGGAUAAAAGCAUCAAACUUGAUUGGGAUAUUCGUUCUGGUGUCAUAAUAAAUGAAGUAUUGGCUGUUUUUUGGCAAGACAAUGGGCCUGUUACGAUAUUAUCAAUGAUUCAUGGUCUUGUUGGUGAAGAAUGA